UGUACCCGACGGCCGACCACAGUCUUCCGUCCUGUUUUAUGGUGGAAGGAAACACGGACCAACAUGAUGGAGGUGGAAAUAUUGAAGUUCAUCUGCGACAAUCAAGGAGCAGUCGACACGGAUUAUUUGAUGUAUAAUCUGGGCUCUGGAGACGUUGUUGAUGACAUCAUCAGCAAUAAAGAGAAAUUUGCUUUGUGUUGUCCCUUCGGACAGCCGAAGGUGGUGGCCAGGACCAGGCUGAAGCUGUGCAAAGUCAAAGAUUGUAUGGGCUCCUGCUACAUGCUGCACCUGUGUAAAAAGUUCCUCCUCUCCGGAUCCUGUCCGUUCACUAAUAGCAGGAGGGGAUGCAGAUUCUCCCACGAGCUGGACUCCGAUCACAAUAUGCCGUUACUGCGAGUGCAUGAGCUGGAGACUCUGAGCCUGACGGAGCUGCGCACACUGCUGCUGCAGAGCGACAGCUGGCUCCUGCCUCCUAUAUGUCACAAUUACAACAAUGGUGGCGGCGGGGAGUUCGGCCUCUGUGAGGAGGGCUUUGGUUGCAAGAGACUACAUAUCUGCGAGAAGCACUUGAACCGCGACGGCAGCUGCUCCAAGAACCAUGAUUUUAACGAUACACAGCCAUACAAGAGCCUGCAGGAGAGAGGCGUGCCUGACGACCUCAUCCCCUCCCUGAAGUCUGUUUACGCCAACAUAUUGGCUUUGAAGUACAUCGACAGACAGGCUGAUAGGAGCGACCGGCAACAGCAGCAACCUAACUCCCCCAAUGGUGAAUUCUCUGCGGCUGCUGCCAACAACUCUGAUGCGGGCGGCCACGAUGGUAUGAAUUCAGCCCAAAGGCAGUGGUACAGAGGGAGAGGUGGUAACCGGGGCAACAGAGGCAACAGAGGCAACAGAGGCAACAGAGGCAACAGAGGUAACAGAGGCAACAGAGGCAGCAGAGGCAACAGGGGAAACCAGGGCAACGAUCAGCUGCAGCAACGAACCUCUUCCUGCAAUGACAUCGACGUUGACAUGGAUGAUUUGGAUCUGAACAGAGAAGAUGGACCGUACGAAGAGCAGCAGCUAAACUCCUCCGCCAGUGACAUCUCUGACGACGGUCCGAAAAGAAAAGAAAAUCCGAAUAAAACUUCAACAGCCGACAGAGGUCGCGAUGGUAACAGGGGAGGCCAUCAACAGCAAACCCGUUCCACUUUUGACAUCCCUGGUGCUUUCAACGACGAUGCAAGCAGAAGACAAAGGCAAAGACCCGUCAGAGAUAAAACUGAGAUAUGCAUGUUCUUCGUCAAAGGACGCUGUAUACACGAUGAUGAGCGAUGCUUUAAAGUCCACGACAAGAUGCCGUACAGAUGGGAGGUCAAAGAGGACGAUCGGUGGACCGCCUUGCCUGAUAAUGAGGCGAUCGAGAAGGAGUACUGUGACCCUAAAAACACAUACAGUAGUGGCAGCCCACCUGUACAUUUUGACACGAUGACCCACGGAUCCAACGAAAUACGGCGACUCUCUACGACAAACUCUUUGCUUGAGCCCACCUUCAUCCACACCACUGAGUGGGUUUGGUACUGGGAGGAUGAGUUCGGGAAGUGGAACGUUUACACUUCAGCUGCUGCUGGACGAAAAGUAGCGGACAUGGACAGCUCUACGCUGGAGCAGAAGUUUCUGAGCAACGACAAAGAUGUGGUGGACUUCACCGCCGGUUCACAGUCAUACUCACUCAGCUUCCAGGACAUGAUACAAACAAACAAGCAGUACGGCACCAAGAGGCUUGUGAAGAGACGGCCCCAGUUUGUCUCCGCAACUGAUGUCCAAACAAAGAGAGUGAGAAGGCCUCUUGGUCAACAGAAUUUCACCGCCAUUCCCGACAACUGGGACAAGUCUCAGAUUCCAGAAACAGGAUGCAGGCGAGUCCCCGUCCUGCGCAUCUCGGCUGAAUUCAAGGAACUUGAGAAUCUUUUCUGUGAAACUAUGAGAGGCUUUGACAUUGUCAAAAUAGAGAGGAUUCAGAACAAACCUCUUUGGGAGGUCUUUCAGUGGCAGAAAAACCAGAUGAAGAACAACAACAAGGGGCACAAUGUGACCGAAAAGAAGCUUUUUCAUGGCACCGACUCUAAAUACUUAGAUGUCAUCUGCCACACCAACUUUGACUGGAGAGUCUGUGGAGUUAAUGGAACUGCUUUUGGCGAAGGUAGUUACUUUGCCCGGGACGCAAAGUACUCACACAGCUACACCGGUGUCUCUGAUGUCAAAUCCAUGUUCAUCUCUCGGGUGCUGGUGGGAGACUACACCAGAGGGUCCCCCAAGUACCGCCGACCUCCGUCCAAGGACAGUGGGGACAUAAACUUCUUUGACAGCUGCGUAGACGACGUCAUGAACCCUUCCAUCUUUGUCGUGUUUGAGAAGCACCAGAUCUACCCGGAGUACCUGCUGCAGUACAAGACCACGCACCCACUUGUCGCUGUGUAUGGUGCCACGGCAGCACCUGCGGCAGCACCUGCCCCGGCACCGGCAACAAGACCGGCUCCCCAACCGAGCGUGACGACUUAUCAAUUUAGUACACCCACAAUCCGACCCAGUACAUCAGUUCCUGCACCAGUAACACCCUCAAUCCGACCCAGUACACCAUUUCCUUCACCAGUAACAUCCUCAAUCCGACCCAGUACAUCAGUUCCUGCACCAGUAACAUCCUCAAUCAGACCCAGACCAUCAGUUCCUGCACCAGUAACAUCCUCAAUCAGACACAGACCAUCAGUUCCUGCACCAGUAACAUCCUCAAUCAGACCCAGUACAUCAGUUCAUCCACUAAGUAUACCCUUAUACAAACCCAGCACAUCUGUUUCUUCAUCCAGUACAUCCUCAAUCCAACCCAGUACAUCAGUUUCUCCACCCAGUUCACUCUCAUACUACCAACCCAGCAGAAGAGUUACCCAACCAUCGCCAUCUCCUCCACCUCCCUCACCUCGACCGAGCCCAAAGAAAAAUGAUAGCUGUGCCAUUGCUUAGAGACAAUGGAGUAGUGAGGGAAGGCCUCUUUUUUAUGAAUAAUCAUAAUUUAAGGAGCUUGAUGGUGCUUGUGCAGACUUCUUUGGGAAGUUUGGCAAUGAUAUCCAUUAAAGAGUGCAAUUAAGAGUAGAGUGACUUUCAUACAGUUGUAUCACUUAGAGUGGUUAUUUAUGUGGAAGAACAUACUAACACUAGAAUAGUCCAGGACAAAAAUACUACAGUGAAUUGGAAAUAUUAAUUCAGUUCACAGUAGAUGAGUUUCUAUCCAAAAGUAAACAAACUUUUAAUUUUCAAUAAACAAAAAUAAUGGAACAUGAUGCAUGUUUCCGCCUGCUGCUGUUAUGCAGAUAUUUGGAGUUGGUCCUUCGAGAUAAACGGUCGGUGACACUGAUUUAUUAGUCGGGUGCCAUUAAAACGGUACAGAAGAUGAGGCAGCAACAAGACAGCACCUUUGCGCUAUAUCUUCACUUUCCGACCUCUCAGUCAGGUUUGUUCAUGGCCAUAACGACAGACGGAUGGAAAAGCACUUAUUGAGGUGUGGUUAACCUAAAUGUCAGUGAAAUUCAUUCAAAACAGACUCUGCUCAGGAAACUUUAUACAUCACAAUGCCAUUCAAUUACUCAUGGUUUAUAACAAUGAAUACAUCCUAUGUAGUAAUUGUUCAGCCAGAUAUUCUGCUGCAUAGCUCCUCUACCAGUAGAGGGUGACAAAAUCCUUAUCGCAUCCUAAAAUAUGCCUAAUAGCACUAAUAGCUUCAUUCAAAUAAGGUUUGUAGUGUAUGCAAAGUGUUUCAAGUCAGAGCACCACUUGUAGGUUUUUUGUGUCGAGUGUGACUAAAAACUAAAAACAUUUUUUUUUUCCAAAUUGUACUAUUUGCUGAUUUCGUGCAUUGAAUCAAUAAAUAAAUGUCAUGUUAAACUGCACACAGAAACACCUUUUUAUUAUCAUGUUUGCCUCAUAUGGCCUUGUUUGUUGCUGUUGGAGCUGCAGUUCUCUCUGCCUUUCUCCGUCUGUCUCAUAAGUGAAUUGAAAAUGCCACCAGCGGUCGGGUUGAGCCUCUUAGUGAAAUGAGGCAGGGCAUGAAAAAUGAUCAAUAUGGCUGCCGGUGCUUCCUGUGACAUUAGACAUUAGGCCUGCAACCCCCCCCCCCCACCCCC